GUCACAAUGCAAGCCAGCUCCUUUUUGAAGCAGAAACCUGUCUGGCUGGGAAUCUUCCAUUUUUUUUCUGAAGUUCAGAGGAAUCCCACACCCCAGAAGAGAAGCAUCUGGAGCAGCGUCUGUAGAACAAAAUGGAAGAUUCACCUGCUGGCAUGAACCUCAGCCAUUGUCAGGAACAGUCGGAGCGUACAGAUGUUGAAGAAGUUUUGACUGAUAGCAAUUCUCACACACCCCAUGAAAUGGAAAACAUGGACAACAGUGAAGAUGCAAAGGAAUAUCAUCUGACUAAUGGAGGAGGGAGAGAAGAAGAUGUCUUGAUUAAAGUGAAAGGUGAAUACACUGAAAAGGAAGAUGGUGUUUUGAAAUCUGAGGAAAUGGAAGCCCGAGGAGAGCCUGAGAUCCUUUAUAAUUGUCGUCGGGAGUACGGAGAGUAUGACAGCAUUGAGCUAGAGAGGCAUUCUGGGCCAUAUGACCUUGUUAGGCCAACUAGUGGAAAGCUGAAUUGUGACAUUUGUGGAUUGGGCUGUGUCAGCCUCAACGUUUUGAUGGUUCACAAACGCAGCCACACUGGUGAGCGCCCUUUCCAUUGUAACCAGUGUGGGGCCUCCUUUACUCAGAAGGGCAACCUUCUCCGUCAUGUUAAACUUCACACUGGAGAAAAGCCAUUCAAAUGCCACCUUUGUAGCUACGCCUGUCAAAGGAGAGAUGCGCUCACUGGUCAUUUAAGGACACAUUCUGUGGAGAAACCAUUCAAAUGUGAAUUCUGUGGACGCAGCUAUAAGCAAAGAAGUUCAUUGGAAGAACACAAAGAGAGAUGUCGGACCUAUCUGCAAAAUGCUAGCCUCAGUGAACCUGAAAGCACAGAGGGGAGGCACUGCAAAACUGAGAUGGGGACUGAAAGGGCCCUUGUGCUGGACCGCUUAGCGAGCAAUGUUGCCAAACGGAAAAGUUCCAUGCCACAGAAAUUUAUUGGUGAAAAACGCCCCAGCUUUGAAGUGAAUUACAGCCCUGGCUUUGUGUAUGAGAAGGAGAGGAAUGCCAUGCUGCAAGGAUGCGUGCUGGACCAAGCCAUCAAUAAUGCCAUUGGCUACCUUGGUGCAGAAGCGCUGCGUCCACUUGUGCAGCCCCCAGCAGCCCCAACGUCUGAGAUGGUGCCUGUGAUCAGCAGCCUGUACCCCCUUGCGCUCACCCACACUGAAGUGCCCAAUGGAAACCCACAGGAAGGGGGAAAGAGCCACACGCAGCUGAGAGACAAGACCGUAUCUUCUGAAAGAGCUCUUUCUCCAAACAGUGGCCAAGAUUCCACAGACUCAGACAGCAACCAAGAGGAACACCAGAAUCAUGCCUACCAUCAAAACCAAGUGGUCCCUCCUCCUUUGCAGGCCCGGAAUGGGGUUCUGGCCUUCAAGGAACACCCCAGGUCAUAUGACAUCUUCAGGCCACCAACCAUUUGUCCUCGUGAUGUCUUGAAAGUCUUCAACAAGGAAGGUGAACUCAUUGGGGUCUACCGAUGUGACCACUGUCGUGUCCUCUUUCUGGAUUAUGUAAUGUUCACCAUCCACAUGGGAUGUCAUGGUUUCCGUGACCCUUUUGAAUGUAAUAUGUGUGGCCACAGGAGCCAUAACAAAUAUGAGUUCUCCUCCCACAUAGUCCGUGGUGAGCACAGAAUGGGACUAAAAUGAGAGUAGAAUGCCUCGAGUAUAUUCUAGAGUGCACAUCUGUACUUCAAAUGUAAACCAGUUUGAAACCAAUUUAAGUAUUAUGGCUUGUUCCAAAUAACCCUGGAGAUUAUGUGGAUGUUUUCUUAUGUUUCCUUGCUUUCAUAAAACUACAGUUCCCAGGUAAACUGAUUUAAUAUUAUUUUACAUUUGUAGUGUAACAAUUUCCAGAGGGAUGGCCAUGUUAGUCUCUUCCAAAAACAACAACAAAGAGUUUU